AUGACGGAAGAAAAAAAGGACCGCCAAGAACGCCUUCCCAAACUCUCUUCAACUGACGUCGUGGUCAGCGAUGAGCCACCAGCUCAAAAUGGAUCGAGAGAUUCUGCAAAUUCCGAAUCAAGUGCCAAAGUAAAACGACACGUCUUCAGAAGACGGUGGCGUGCCAUGUCCUCUCGUCGGAAGGGGCCGGGCACGGAGCCGGUAAAUCGAUCCCUGGAUGCCGUUUCCAGCUCGCAUUUGGCCGUUCGCAGCUCGUGUGGCCAGGCAGUGAACGAGUGCACUUGCCCCUUUGCCAAUUCCACCACGACGGGGCCCUUCGCCAACACAUCUUACGUCGAGCGCAAUGGCAGACGAUACAAGGUCAUUCUCGAGCCGGUGGUGGAGACAACGAAGAGUAUCGCGCCGUACAGAAGACAUUCUAUUGAAACCCCGGCGCAACUGAAUGAUUUUAAUUCCACGAUGAAUUGGAUAGUUGAAAUACGCGAUCGGUUAGUCGAACUCGAGCAGAUUUCUUCUUCAACUCCGUAUCACAUUCCAAAAGAAGUACUUCACACGACGCUGAACACCGCCGUCGAAGCCUUUUCAAAACUACUCAAGAAAGACUACCAACGAUUACAGACAAGUCCGAAGGAAGAAAAAAUGAAAGUUCUUCCGGAGCAAAUCCUGACCUGGCUAAAGUCAACUUUUGGCCAGGAAAAGACAGAAACCGGAACCGACAAGAAACGGACCUUCCGGGGAGUUGUUGCUGCUAUGAGGAUUAUUUAUGGAUUCAAGGGGAAGAAGAUGUCGCUUCAUCAGUCAGUUUUCGCGCUGAACUCGGACUCCGUGGCGGAAGUGAUGGCGACGGUGAACCUGUAUCAUUUCAACGUCUUUGAUUUGACGGAAGCUGGGAACGGGAAGGGAAUGCGCUACUUGCUAGGAGAACUGCUCGCUGCUUACGGUCUCAUCGACAAGUUCGACAUUCAAUUCGACACUUUGGUGCGCUUUGCCGACCAACUCGAAUUCGGCUACAAUUUGCACUCGAAUCCUUAUCACAACUCGCUGCACGCGUGUGACGUCCUCCAGACCACGCACUAUCACAUCCACGCUUCGGGUAUUUCCAACUGGCUAUCAGACAUCGAAAUUUUCGCCAUGCUUUUCGCCGCCGCCGUGCACGACUUCGAGCACACCGGAACCACGAACAACUUCCACGUCCAGACGAAGUCCCGACUGGCGAUGAUUUACAACGACCGAUCGCAAGUAAAGACAAUGAAGAAAUCGUUGAGCGACAUGAAAUCCAUGGACAAGGGAGCUGUCAUGUCUUUCAUCGUCCAUUCCGCUGACAUUUCCCAUCCGACGAAGACUUGGGAGCUGCACGAGAAAUGGACAGCAGGGUUGGUCGAAGAGUUCUUCAGACAAGGCGAUGCGGAGAAGGAAAGAGGUUUGCCGUGCUCGCCACUUUGCGAUCGAGAAACGACGCAGGUUUCGCAGAGCCAGAUUGGCUUCAUCGACUUCAUCAUCAUUCCUACGUACACGCUGCUUUCGUCGAUCUUCGAAUCCGUGAACGAAAUGCUUUUGCGCGAAGCAGAAAGCUUGCUCCAGCGUUUCCGGGAAGAAGAUUCCUCGGCGCAAAACUCGGAAGAAACGAUUCUAGCGCAGAGAGUGAAGAAGAUCGGCUUACAGGGGCUCCGCGUGGAGAAGUUCCGCGAGAUGAUCGAGCGCCAGAUCUCUUCUAAUCACGAGACGUGGAGCCGCCGCGCCGCAGAGGACAAACACUGUACCUCCUAA